AAUGAUUAUUUUUAUUCUGAUGAACUUGAUUUUGCUAAAGCACAAAAUUUUAAGAAAAAAUAUUAUAAAGUAUUAUCUUUAACAACAGAAUAUAAUUUUAAAUUGAAAACAAUUAAUACUGAAGAAAAAUAUCAAGAAUUAAUAUCUAUUGCAGCUUCUUUAAAAAUGGAACUUCAUCCAACAAAGACAAUUUCUGGUUCUUGUGCAUCAGGAAAAUCAAGUGUUGGUAAAUUGUUAGCAACAAAAUUAAAUUAUCAAUUUAUAGAAACUGAUUUAUUUUAUCAAUAUCUAGCGUCAAAAACAUCAAGUUUUGAUGAAAAAGAAUUGAUAAAUAUUUUAAAUAAUGAAGAACUCAAAUAUUUAUUUCAAAUUGACAACACAACACUUUUUUAUAGAGAUGGUAUAAAUAAACAAGCAUUUGAGUUAUCAAGAAAUGAUAAUAUUCGUAAAAAGAUUAAUGAAAUUAUUUGA